GGGGCGCUAUAAUCGUUUGCAUCCAUGCGCUUUACUAAAUUGUGAUCAGUAGCGCAGAAGCAAGUAUCGGGAGUAGUUGGUGGGUGUUAAUUUUUUUUAUAACAUCUUACCUCGUCGUCUAAAAGACGAGUGGCUGAUACGCCAGGGAAGAUAUUCGCUGUUGUGCUUCCGCGUGUACGUGCCCGAAAAAUGUAAUAUGGCGAUGGUCGCGUCGAACAUGAGCGGCCACAUACAAAAGCAGCUCACUAGAAGUCUUGAGCGAAUCCUGGAGGAAGCACACUUAAGCGGUGAGCUCAAGCUUAGCGGUCGAAAACUUAAGGAUUUUCCAAAAGUCGGAAAAACAGGCUCUAGUAAAUAUAAUCUUCAGGAUACAGUUAUUGCCGAUUUAUCGAAGAACCGUUUCGCCGAAUUGCCGGAAGAGGUGACGGAAUUCCUGUUCCUCGAAAAGCUUCAUCUCUACCACAAUGCCAUAAGAAUAAUACCGGAAACUGUGGUGAUGCUACAGUCCCUCAACUACCUCGAUCUUAGUCGCAACCAAUUGACUUCUCUACCUCGGGAGAUAUGCAGGCUACCGCUGCAAACCUUGUUGGUCGCUCACAACAGAUUGGCAUCUCUGCCGGACGAAUUGGGCAGGAUGUCGGCGUUGGCCGAGCUCGAUGCGGGAUGCAACGAAAUCACGAAUCUGCCACCCCGCAUGGGCGAUCUUGCGCGACUUAGGUCCUUAGAUUUGAGGAGCAACAUGAUCGUGCACCUGCCUAUAGAACUGACGUACCUGAGACUCGUGAAGCUGGAUAUCAGCGGCAAUCGAAUAUCCGUGCUUCCGAACGAGAUGAGGAAAAUGAAGAGUCUGGUCGAUUUUCGGCUGUCCGAUAACCCUUUGACCUCGCCACCUGCCUCGUUAUGCAUUCGCGGGCGAACGCACAUCUUUAAAUAUUUGGAGAGACAGGCGGCGAAACACGAGAGAGCCAGAGGUGGCCGUGCUAGGAGAACACCUUUGGACGUUAGGGGCCACGCGACUUUGGACACGAGGACCCACAGGCGACACAACGUGGACAGUGGAUACAGCACGAGCGACGGCGUCGACAAACGUUGGUCCCAAGAGAUUCACAGCGCGGUGCACGACGGUGAGAUUCGAGGGCUGUGGCGUCAAGAAUGCUCGUCCCUUUCGAUCACGUUGCCGCACGAGACGGGCGUGAAUGGAUCCUGCAGCGGAACCUCGACUCCUAGUACCAUCUCGCCUGGCGAGCACACGUCUCUCGAGGAUGAGCUCGGCAAGGCCAUGAUACUGCACGAUCAAUUGGAAAAGAGGAAAUUAGAAAGGAGCACCUCGGAGAAUGGUGCCGAUGUCAGAAGACCGAUGACCUCUGGUUUCUAUCACGCGUCGAUUACGCCACCCGGUCCCCUCGAAUCCGCUCAUCUGAAUCAAACGUUGCCGGUAUCGACCAACACGCAAUCCGUGCAACCGUUGCAAACUUCCACCUCUAACGCUACCUCGUUGAUGAACGGAGACGAGAAAAGGCCGCUCAAUCACAUUCAAACUUACAGGGAGUACAAAGAGGCUUUGAGACAACAGAGGGCAAACGAAGGACCGAGCGUGUACAGGCCGCGAGAACAAGUUACACCACCAGGCAACGAAUCGCAGAACACGAACGCAGAGACGGCGGACUCGGCUAGUAACAAAGACGCGGUUGCUUUGACCGGUAAACAGAUCUUCAACGAGGAGAACGCGACCAAGAGACCAGUGCAGAAGGUAACUCCGUCACGCAUCAACUAUCAGAACACGCCGAUUAUCAACGGUAGCAAUAACGAGUACAACAAUAAGAACGGGAAAUACCUCGAGCAGCCGUAUAAGAAGCCUAAUUCGCCAAUCAAAACAUCUUCGAGCAUUUUAUCUUCCAACACAAGUCCAGGACACACACCUAGAUUGGUGAAAACCGCUGUUGGUUACGUGGAAGGUAACAAGAGUCCGAACAGGAACGGUGGAAGUCCAAAGUCUCCUCGAUCGGUUACAUGGAACAGCAACGUGCCUGAAAAAUAUUCGUUCACCAUGAGAAGAGAGUUCGAACGUGCCAAGGAGGAAGCUGAUUUGAUCGAGCAACUUCGAAACCAUAUUGAGACACGGUUGAAGAUGGCUCUGCCGGAAGAUCUCGCCCCGGCGCUAACGGACGGUGUUGUACUUUGUCACUUGGCAAACCACGUAAGACCCCGAUCGGUUGCCAGUAUCCACGUUCCUUCGCCAGCUGUGCCCAAGUUGACGAUGGCGAGAUGCAGGCGUAACGUCGACAAUUUUCUCGAAGCGUGUCGAAAGAUAGGCGUUGAUGAGAAUCUCGUGUGCUGCGCUAGCGACGUGCUGGAAGGAGGUCGAGGAGUGGUACGUGUGGCUGUCACGGUCUCGGAGCUGCUCAGGUUCCAUCAGUCACGGUCACCGUUGCAAACCACAUCAUCCUCGAACGUGCCGAACCACGUGUCUGCUUAGCGCCAAACGAUAUAAAGACGAUGUAAUCGGAUAAAUAAUCUUGUCGACCAUGAAAGAAAGACGGACUCGCGGCCAUGUUUUUCCCCGAUCGAUGUGUGUACCAAGGAGAAAUUUUCGGACCCGACAUCAAUGUCUCGUCAUUCGUUUUUUCUAAUACUCGGGACACGCGAUUUCGUACAGGCGCAAACGAGACGAGACGUUUCUCGGUCCAACAAUCGUUUCUAGAUCGAACAAUAACGCUAUAGAGGAUCGAUAAUCUUCAGAUUUUUAUACUCAUUACGUACGCGUCAGAUACAUAAUCGCGUGUUUGGUCAUAUACCAGCGAUUUUCUCUAAAUCAAAAAAAAGGAAAAAAAAGGAAAAAAAAAAGAAACAACGACGCGACAUCAAAAAUAUUUAACAUAGACUGCGAUCAAUCAUGACACUUGAUUUAUUAUAGGAAAUAUUAUACGAAACUUUUAUAUCGGAAAAACAAAGCGUAUCUUUGUACGAGAAAGAAAAAAAGAAAAAAAAGUAGCAGGAAACUAGGAUAUAAAAUAGCCUAGUUUCAUAAAAGAAGUAAGAUGAUAUGAACGCGCGAACAGCCAUAUAAAGAGAGUUAGUAAAUAUCGGAGACACUUUCUCGGGCUCGAUUUUGCGAGAUCUCGAAGCAAUGAAAAAAGUUCCUAUCCGCAUAUUGAUUAACGCGUAUCAUAUUUUAUAGUUCUUAUAUUGAUAUUAAACGAAGCAUUAUCUCUAGCAAGAUAAUUGUUUUCGGUGAUUCUGAAGAAAAAGUCGUAAUUUUACGAACUUUUUUCGUUGUGUUCCACCGUUCAAUCCCAAUAAAAUGUCUCCUAUAUCUAUUAACAGCCUGUAUAUCCGUGCUUUCUAAUAGCUGGCUAAUUACGAGGCAUUUCGAUAUCGUAACGUGGAACAAUAAUCGAUCGAUCAAAUCAAAACACGCGAUGAAUGAUAAAGCAAUUUUGCACUUGAUCAAAACAUACCUAUUGGAAUUUUAUUCGUUAUUUAAAUUAACUUGCAAUUAAGUAUCUUGGGAAUCGAACAUUCGCAUUCGCAUGUAACUAAAGAUGAAUUCGCGUAGUUUAAAACGAAAUCCAGAUCGAUAGAAAUUUACGCGAACCAGCCCAAUUAUUUUGUUUUACAAGCGAUAUUUGAUUCGUUUGUUCCGCGAUACUUUAACGAGAUUUUGUUCCCCUCCAAAGAAAAUACUAGAAAGCUGAACCAACCACUCUCAGAACGAUGCAUACAUACAAUCUACUGCGGAUUAAGUAGGUUUCUGCGCGAACGAAUGGUAAGUUAGUUAGUACGUUUCCAAUAUAACCGACGAUCGAUAACAAGCUCGGUUGAGAAUUUUGAUCGUCGGCAACGAUCUCGAACGAAUCGUUGAUAUAUCAAAUAUCAUUCAUACUUUUAUGUAAAAUUAAGGCCUAGGUGUUCACAAAAAAUGUGUAUCGUUGCAAUUUUCUUUUGUUUAAUACGCGAUACUAAAUUAUUCUUUAUUAUUUUAUAGUUUCAACGCAUAUCGAGUUGUACGUUUUAUCCUUGAAACGACGAUUCCAACUACUGCCACGAUUUCAUAAUAUAUUUCUUGAAACGAUAAAACCCCGUUAGGUGCUAAACGUAAUAUCAUUAAUUGUAAUUUCUUAUAUUGUCGCAAACUUUGUUUAUUCUGUUUUUUUUUUCAUUUUUAUUUUAUUUAAUUUAGGAAUGAUCGCGUAGAAGGAAUUACGAAGGAUCUCAUAUGUCGUGAUCAGUAAGGAAUCGAGCGAUUACGUCUCGGUAUCUCGUCAGAGUGUUCCAACAAAUAAUGCGCGUUACCGAUCCGAGCUCACCCCGACGAGAUAUCCGGUGUGGAAGAUUGUACCGUGUAUUCGUAUUUAUUGUGCCAAAGAUAUAUAUUAAUUUUUUCUCUCUAUUUCUCAUCAAGGACGAAUCUUUGCAGGUAAGCAACGAUGUUUAUGAAAUAACGUCGAAGAAAGAAGACUACUACGAUAUAUCGAAGAUUGUUCGACAAGGUUUUGGAGUAAUGGGAUAAGACGAUACGACGAUCACGUGCCGCUUUGUCUGUCUAUCGAACGUCCUAAUCUCCUGCGUCGAGUUCCAAGUGGAAUUGGACGCGAUUCGUCCUUCGAUCACAGCUGCAUUAUCGUACUGAAACUUUUCACUCGUCUCUUUUUUCGAUUUUUCCUCUCUCUCACUCAUUCUCUCUCCGUUCCCUUUUCUCUUCCCUUCUCGCUCCCCUCUCAACCCCAAUUUCACAUUUAACGUUUAAUUGGACCAGCACUUCUCGUUUAUAGAUAUAUGCGAAUUCGUCAAGCGACGCAUCGCUGCGGAAUUGUAUCGUUCGCUCAAAUUACGUUCGCGUUUCUCGAAAAACGAACGCGCUGCUAAAUUGGCCAGGCGUUUGAAACGUCUCGAUCGACUGGCUAUCGUUAUCAACAGUAUUAUCCAAUUAUCCCACCGAUGCAGGCCUUUCUAAACGUGUUCCGAAAAAAGAAUCUUCUACCCACCGUUGUGAUUACCGUGUUCCAUCCAGUCGAUCGAUUCGUAUCGAACGCUCGCUCUCUCGAUUGAUACCUAAAUACACCGCACGUAAUAUAUUUAAAGAUUAACGGAUACAGUGUAUAAAAAAAAAAAUAAUAAUAAUAAUAAAUCGAAAAAAAUCGA